AUGCGUACACGGACAUCUGCUCUUGCGGCGGCGGCGCUGCCGGCCCUGGUUGCUGCCGGCACAGUCCCUACCUACUCUGGAAUGUCUGUCGUAUGGUCUGCAGAUUUUGAGGGUGACGCAGGGGACUCAGUAAAUACCGAUGUUUGGAAUAUUGCCACAUCGAUCGAUACGAACGCCGAGGUGCAGAGCUACACUACUGCAGCUGCCAACCUGCAGCUCUCUGGAGGAGGUACUGUGCAGUUCGUGCCCUGGAAAUCGAAUUCCGGGUCCUGGACCUCUGGGCGCAUUGAGACCAAGACGACAUGGACGCCAUCGGCCGGGGCCAUCAUGCGGGUCGAGGCCUCUGCACGUACAGGCGGCGAUGCCUCGGCAAAUGCCCAGGGGAUGUGGCCGGCGAUCUGGAUGUUGGGCGACAGUAUCAGACAUGGCACGGGUUGGCCACAAUGUGGCGAGAUCGACAUCAUGGAGAUGGUCAACGGAAUCGACACUGCGUACGGCACAAUUCACUGCACAGCUGCGAUCUGUGACCCAGAUACGAGUGCAGGCUAUCAAGGCAGCACGACCACGGACGAUAACUGGCACACUUACAGCGUGACGAUCGACCGGACGAGCAAUGACUGGGAGACGGAGUCUAUCAACUUCAUGAAGGACAACACCACAUAUUUCACGGCGACGGGUGCGGAAAUCGGUGACGAGGCUGUAUGGGGUGCGUUGGCUCACUCACCACUGUACAUGAUCAUCAACCUAGCCGUCGGCGGCUCGUGGCCUGGCGAUCCCAACUCUUCGACGCUUGAUGGCUAUGGGAACAUGCUCGAGGUUGAAUACGCUGCCGUAUACUCCAGUUGA